AUGCUAGCUGAGAUUUUCCUGCAUCCCUUUCGGAUAAAAGGUUUCACAGGUCUUUCCAUUUUAAUGUAUCUCUUUUUCAGAACGCAAGUAUCUCCGAUAAGAGAAAUAUUGGAAAUUCGCCGUAAUAACUUAUCUGGUGAAUUGCUUGUGCUCAGAGAUAUUGACAACAGUCCUAAAAAGGUUGGGUGGAUUGGUGAGCCCGCCUUUCAUCCACUGGCGCUUAUUCGUGGUCCUAGCGGAACAUUUGCCGUUUCAAAGAAGGUGGUGAUUAUUGGCCGAGACUCUGCAAAUUCGAUUACAGAUCUUGUAGUUCAGGAAAGCAAUUACGUAAGCAAGUGUCAUGUUAUUCUUUACCAUACUGGUCAACAAAAUAGAUGGAAUAUCAAAGUGAAUGGGAAGAACGGUGUCUUCAUCAAUGGAAUUAUGUAUGGACAGUCUGAACAGGCUCGAAGUAUUCCAUUUAGCUGUAUUUUUCAUUUCCCUUCCACACAUAUUGUUAUACUAUUUCGUGGUGUGGAACCACUACCUGGCACUGCGAAUUCGCUUGACUGUAACGUUCAGUUAACAGGAAAUGAAAUAGAUUCAGCAGUUUCCUUGGCUGAUGAAUAUGGAUGCAUCAGUGCCAAGUGUUCUGUAUCCCUGAUUUUCGAACCUAGAAAAAGGGGAACCGCAUUUGCUCUUACAGAAUCAGAUAAAACAUUUUAUUUGUCUAAUAAGCCUCAUAUGGAAGAAUGCACGAACAUACCAACAACUGAACACAGCGAACUGGUCCAGAUACCUUCUGGGACUUCUGCAGGAGCAGAUGUCAACACUGGAUCGCCGACAUCAAUGUCAACCUCAAGUUCUGGCCGAAACUGCAAAGAAGAUUAUGAAAUCUCGGAUGAAAAGCCACCAUAUUCAUACACUCAGCUGAUCGUCCAAGCUAUUCUGAGUUCACCAGAUCGGCAGACAACUUUGUCAGAUAUUUAUAACUACAUCACAAGCCGUUAUCCGUGGUAUCGUAAAACCGAUAAAGGUUGGCGAAAUUCAAUCCGUCAUAAUCUUUCACUGAAUCGAUAUUUCAUAAAGGUCGCACGUUCUCAGGAAGGACCCGGUAAAGGUUCAUUUUGGAAGAUCGAAUCAACUGCUUUACGUAACAUUGAAUUGGCUUACAAAAAAAGAAAAUCAAAAUCAUCAAAGUGUAACAAAUUCUCGAAUCUUAUAAUAAACAGUGGUCCAAAAUCUGACAACAUCAUGACCUGUGCAGUGGCAUUAAUGAUGUUAAUAUGUUAUUUCAAUAUCACUACGGCAAUUCGUUAG